AUGUCUUCUUCAGAAAAUAGCAGCGGAGAUGAAGCCGGAUCCCCUCAGUAAGUUAUCAUUUUUUUUUUCAAUUUCUACUUUUUUAUAUCAAAAUCAAUUUCUUAUUCAAUCUUAUUUACAGGCAGCAAAGCAGCGGCAACGACAGUGAUUCUGCGCCGUCACAUCGAUCAGCCUCUCCUGUUCGCCGAAAAAAAGUAGCAGGUUCUUGAAAAACGUUUGAAAUAGAAAAACGUGGCGUUUAGUAUCGAGCGAUAACGAUUCCGAUGACAAUGUGUCCCCGCAGAAGAAACCACGUCGCAAUUUGGUAGAAUCAGAUGACGAAGAGGAAGAUGAAGGUAGAAAAGAGCCAGUAGAAGACGAAGAACGAGAUGAAGAAGAAGAAGAAUCUCCGCGUAAAGUGAUUUAUUUAUCCUAUAUUAUCUUAAACAUAGUUAUUUUAAGAAACCCGACGUUUCGAAUCUCUUUGGUAACGACUCUUCCGACGAAGAUUCGAGCAGAGCUGGCGGCUCUCCUGAGCCAGAACAGCCAGAAACGCGAGAAGAAGACGAUGGCAAUGACAGUGAUGCGAGCCGGAAAAGUCAGCCUUUUUCCGAUUUUUUUCCAUAUUUUAGGGACAAAUCUUUCAGUUAAUUUUUUUCCAGGUGAUGAUAGCAUUCAAGGAAUCCGAAUGCACAAUCCAGACGAAGAACUUGAGGAGCCGAAAAAGGAAGAGGAAGUUGUCACUACAGAGGUUUUUCAUCCAUUUUCCCAGAUUUUAAUUCUUUUUCCAGCUAUCGCUUCCUUAUGUGCGGGCCGAGUUGGUACGAUGCCACUGUUAGCCAGGGUAUGAUUUUUGGAACGGAAAGCGUUUUAAAGUUUUACUAUCUCAGAUGCCAAACUUUUUGUCCGUGGCGACUCAUGCUUUCGAUCCAAACAGUUAUGACGAAGACGAAUACGACGACGAGUUGAAUGUCGACGACGAAGGCCGAAAUCGUCUCAAACUGAGGGUGAGAACAUUUGGGGAGAAGUGAAUGUGUAUUUAAUCUGUCUUUGAAAAUUUGCUGCUUCACGAAUCUCAUCGUUUCGUUCAAUUUGAAAAGCUGAAAAAUCGUUUCAGGUGGAAAACACAAUUCGUUGGAGGAUGAUGGUCGAUGAGGAUGGAAACGAGAUCAAAGAAAGCAACGCGAAGAUCGUCAAGUGGAGUGACGGAACGUGAGACCCAACCACCUGUGAAUCUCCAAUCUCUCACUUUCCAGUAUGUCCAUGUACUUGGGCAACGAGAUUUUCGAGGUGAAUGAGAUGCAGAUGGCGGCCAACAGCCAUUUGUUCGUCAGACACAGCGUCAAUUCAGCUUUGGUUCGUGGUUUUCAAUUUGAACAAAAAAAAAACGUAUUCAUCAAGGGUCUUCACUAAUCUCUGUUCAAAAUCGAAAAUUUCCCUUUUCAGAUGUCACAAGCAGUUUUCGACACCAAGUUGACUUUCCGUCCGCACUCUACAGACUCCUCUACACACAGAAAAGUGAAUACUUUUCUUUUCUGUCGAAAAAGUUUAGGAUUUACCCUGGUUUUGGAUGUAGAAUGAUUGGAAACAUGAAGAAAAGAUAUGGGAAUGUAUUCCUAUUAUGAAGAAGAGAAUGGUAAGCUAUUACUCCGCGUCUUUUCUAACAACAGAAGUUAUAAUUUAAUAGGCGAGCUUCGAACCGCGAGUAUUCCAAAAACGUUCAGAAUAAAAUUAUUCCCAUGAUUCAGGUCACACUCAAAAUGGCUGAUCGUAGUAGAAAAUCGACGCAAGUUAAAGUGAUGGAUGACAUCACGUUGAACCCAGACGUUGCUCGCAGGGUUAGAAGUUUCUGGAAGGUUUCGAGGAGUUGCCGGUCUUUAGGAAGCCGUUCGAAGGGAGGAGGAAGCACUUCGAGCUACUAUGCGCAGAGAAGCCAUGCAAAGAAAGGCCUACCGUCCCAAACUCAUCAAUUCUGCCUAUUUGGAACGCGGCGUUGAUUACGGUUCGUUUUUUUUUCUCAUUUUUUCGAAUUCUCUCGAAAACUUAAAAUAGCUUCGUGGGGCACAGCUGUAGAAGUCGGUUUCACAAGAAGAUUUAUUGGAGGAAUCUUUCGAGGUUCAGAAGACGAGGAAGGAGGCUACGGAAGAGGACGUGGCAGAGGGAAACGCGACGCUCCGCUCAUCGGCCACAGUUCCGAUGAGAGCGAUGACGAACGGCCAAAGUCGAAGGCCCAAAAUGAAGAUGAUUCUGAUGACGUCAGUUUUGCUCUUUUUUUGUCAACUUCAAUUUCCUUCAGGAUGUUCGUAAAAAUACUCAGAAGAAAAAACGCAUGAUCGUGACGAGUGACGAGGAGGAAAAUGCGGACGCAGGUGCUGAGAGCGACAAAUCUUCCGACUGA